GAGCAGAGCAGGACCGCGCUGCCGCAUUUAAAGCACAGUGACUUCAGCUAGCAGCUUCUGUUUCCGACGGGCAGCACACGUGGACAGCACAUUGCCGUCCAUCACCAUCAUUACAGUCAUCACCAGCACCCGGACACCCCCCCUCACCACCACCCUUAUCCUUCAGCCUGUCACGCAGAUUUGAUUCUAGCAGAAGAUGGUCCACAACUGAGAGUGCUGUGGUGCUGCCUUUGUAGUCUUGUUCUGUCUGUACCUGUUUUUCCAGUCAAGUUUUUUCAGUCUGUGUGAAAUCAUGGAGAAGGCUGUAGACGCAACCUCCACCAGCUCCGUGCGUCUGAAACAGGAGAUCUCUCUGCUGCAUGGCGUCUGCCUCAUCGUGGGGAAUAUGAUUGGCUCAGGCAUUUUUGUAUCACCAAAAGGUGUACUAUGGCAUACAGGCUCCUUUGGCUUGUCACUAGUGGUUUGGGCUAUUGGUGGCAUUUUCUCUGUGUUUGGUGCCCUCUGUUAUGCUGAACUCGGCACCACCAUCCGCAAGUCAGGCGCCAGCUAUGCCUACAUUCUAGAGUCCUUUGGAGGCUUCCUGGCUUUUAUUCGUCUGUGGACUUCACUCAUUAUUGUAGAACCAGCUUGCCAGGCAGUUAUUGCUCUUACCUUCUCCAGCUACCUGGUUCAGCCCUUCUACCCCAACUGCAUUGCUCCGUAUGCAGCAGUACGCCUCAUUGCAGCGCUCAUCAUUGCUCUUCUGACCUUCGUGAACUGUAUGAAAGUGAAAUGGGGGGCCAUCCUGCAAGUCAUUUCUACUGUGGCGAAAGUCUUGGCUCUCAUUGUCAUCAUCAUUGCCGGGCUGGUGGUGCUGGCCCAAGGUAAGACGGAAAACUUCAAUGACUCUUUUGCGAACUCUAAUCUGAACGCUGGGGACAUGGCUUUGGCCUUGUAUGCUGCUCUGUACUCUUACUCUGGUUGGGACACUCUCAACUUCAUAACUGAGGAGAUCAAAAAUCCAGAGAGGAAUCUACCACUGUCCAUAGCGAUCUCCAUGCCCAUUGUCACUGUGAUCUACCUCUUGACCAAUGUGGCCUAUUACACAGUAAUGGAUAUGUCGACUGUGCUGGAUAGUGAAGCUGUGGCUGUGACAUUUGCUGAUAGUGUACUUGGCUUUGCCCGCUGGCUGAUCCCCUUGGCUGUGGCCAUUUCCUGCUACGGAGGUCUCAACUCUUCCAUCAUUGCUGCCUCCAGGUUGUUCUUUGUUGGAUCAAGGGAGGGACAUUUACCGAACUUUCUCUCCAUGAUCCAUGUUAAGCGCUACACACCUAUCCCAGCUUUGUUGUUCAAUGGUGGCAUGGCUUUGCUUUUCCUUUGUGAGAGAGACGUGUUCCGGCUCAUUAAUUACUUCAGCUUUAAUUACUGGCUCUUCAUUGGCCUGUCCAUUGGCAGUCUGAUCUACCUGCGCAUAACGGCUCCUGAGAUGCCACGCCCUGUCAAGCUGAGUCUGUUCUUCCCCAUAGUGUACUGUUUAUGCAGCGUGUUCCUGGUGGUGGUACCGCUGUACAGUGACUUUCUAAACUCUCUGGUGGGCAUUCUUGUGGCUCUCUCUGGAGUUCCAUUCUACUUCAUCUGUGUGUACCUGCCUCCCAGCUCCAGACCAGCCUUCCUGGGGGAAAUGCUUGAUAUGUUCUCAUUGUACACCCAGAAGCUGUGUUUCUGCUGUGUAGCAGACCAAGACCUUGACCUUGACAAUCCACCUGAAGGGGAAAAAACUGAAUAAACAUGAACUGAUUUUAAAAACUCUUUCCCUGCUCCUGAUCCACUCCAGCCAAUUCAAGGAACCAGAGGAUUGUUUUUUGAGGAUUUUAUCUGAACUUCUCACAUGUUUUAGGUGAUUGAAGGAAACACUGUCCAGUGGAUCCUGUAUUAGCUUCCAGUCUCAGUGAGUGUGGAAAGAAUUGAGCUGAGAAUGAGUACUGAGACCAGGUACAGGCUGGGGCUGAACACGCACACUCCACCGCAGGUACAAGGAUAAGUCAUGUUGUGAGUGACUGCCAGUGAGGCUUAAAUGGGAUCUGGUAAAUGUUGUGGUCUUAAGGGAGCCUUUCAUAUACUGUUUACCAUUCCUGGGAGAACAUUGGCAUGGGAUAAUCAAGGAUUACUGACACACAGAGGCAGUAGACUCAGUGAGCAGUUGCUUUGUCAUAAGCUUUUUUUUGUUCCCCAUUUGGUGUUUAUAGAGCUCUCUUAAUUGGUCC